CUCAACGCCUUGUGAAACGCCCCUCGGGAAUAACAAGGCGUGGUUUUGGCUUGUGUUGGGGGGGGGGGGAAGAAAGGCGCCCUACGACUCAUCUGUACAGUGUCAGCUUGGCAGCAAAGAUGAGCCAAGAAAUGAAGAACGAGGCAACCCAACUGAAUGGGACCCCGGCCUCUGGUUCCGCUCAGACGAAAAAGCGUGAGGACUACCUGGAGUGGCCUGAAUAUUUCAUGGCUGUAGCUUUCCUGUCAGCUCAGAGAAGCAAGGAUCCCAGCUCACAGGUUGGAGCAUGUAUUGUUAACCAGGAGAAUAAGAUAGUGGGCAUCGGCUACAACGGCAUGCCCAACGGCUGUGAUGAUGACCUGCUGCCCUGGUCCUGCUCUGCCAACGACAGACUGGAUACCAAAUAUCCCUACGUGUGCCAUGCGGAGCUGAAUGCGAUCAUGAAUAAGAACUCAGCGGACGUGAAGGGCUGUUCCAUGUACGUGGCUCUGUUCCCCUGCAACGAGUGUGCCAAGCUCAUCAUCCAAGCAGGUAUAAAGGACGUGAUUUAUUUGUCAGACAAGUACCACGACAUCCCUGAAAUGACUGCCUCCAGACGGCUGCUUAACUUGGCAGGGAUCGAAUACAAGCAGUUCAAGCCCAAGCGAAACAAGAUUGUCAUCGAUUUUGAUUCUAUUAACUCUGGGAUGUUCAGCGGAACAGGCUGAAACACACUCACCUUGAGAAAGAAAGAAGAGGGAAAGAAAGAGUGGACAUCUCUACACCUCUACUGUAAAUGUUAAAUCUUAUAGAAACAUUUCAUGGUAAAGAUUUAGUUUGUCUUUUACAGUGCGGAACUUUAUUUUAAUUGACAUGGGGUUACUUUCACUGCGGUGUCUUUUAGAUGCAUUUUUUUUCCCACCGUCAGGAUACUCUUCCAAUCGUUACUGUUUUAGUCGUAAUAAAAUGUUAGACAAUGUCACAAAUGGCGGGAGUACCGAAACACUAAACACAUUGUGUGCUGCACAUGCAAUGUCAACCUAAUAAACUAUGAGCAAUGUUUUAAAAUCA